AUGGAGGACGGCACGACGGCGAGGACGAAUGGGACGGCGGCGGGGGUUGAGGGAAAGGUAUCGUCGAAACCGUGCGUUCGCGUGCUCGCGUUCGAGGACGUGUACGACGUGGCGGAGAUCUUAGAGCGAGGCGGCGUGGACGCGUCGACGGUUCGCGUGGAGCAGCGAUGGACGAGCGACGCGUGCGUGGAGAUUAUCGGUGCGUAUAAACCGGACGUGCUAUUGUUGGAUUACUAUAUGCCACCACACACGGGGUUGACGGUGAUACGGAUGAUGAAUGAAGCGGUGCAGAGCGGGAAGAUUGAGCGGCCGAAGUACGUAAUCGGGAUGUCGAGCGAGUCAUCUUGCAACGCCGCAAUGUCGCGCGAGGGCGCGGAUCACUCGUGCGUCAAGUGGGACAUCCCGCUGUGGAGCGGAUGGAGGGAAUGA